CCGAACCAAUUCGCCUAGCGAACCUUGGAGUCCAACUCCGUUUUUACUCUUUUCUGAAAAGAGCCUACUAAAUAUUGGAACUAUAAUCAAACUAUUCGAUCAAAUCGACACACCUACUAGAUAUCAAAUAUCUAAUACUGGAACCAAGGCUUGGGUAACCUGAAACUGUGCGAAUUUGGAGCAGAAAUAUUCUUCGCGAGGAUCAAGCCAACUUCUUCAACGCAAUGGAUCAAACUGUUCUAGAUUCGGCAUUCAACUCUCCAGUGGACUCUGGAAUAGCUGGAACCACCACUGGCUCCGGAUCUACCACCCAUUUUGGUGUUGGAACAAACUUGAGAUCAUCAAGUCGGUCAACCGACGGCACUGACUCAACGGACGGUGCCAACUCGGACAAUGUGACCGGAUCAACUGGAUCCACACCAGCACAUCAUUCGAUCACUAAUUUGAAUAUGGCUUUGUCGCAACACUCCAUUGACUCGGCAACUGCUGCUUCAUCGACAAACCCGUUUCCGCAUUUUAAUCAAGCGGAUCUACUGAACUUCCAUCAGAAUUCUCUCCUGCCACAUCAUAUGUUUUCACAAUUUGGAAGAUAUCCACAGUUCGAACAAAAGCCGGACGUGGGGGUGCUUCAGCAACAGAUGCAGAUGCGGGAAGCAAAACCUUACAAGUGCACGCAGUGUGUCAAGGCAUUUGCCAACUCAUCCUAUCUCUCCCAACACAUGAGAAUUCAUCUUGGCAUCAAGCCAUUUGGGCCAUGUAACUAUUGCGGCAAGAAGUUCACUCAGCUAUCACACCUUCAGCAGCACAUUCGAACACAUACAGGAGAGAAACCGUAUAAGUGCAAAUUCACGGGAUGCGACAAAGCAUUCUCCCAGUUAAGCAAUCUCCAAUCUCACUCUCGAUGCCAUCAAACUGAUAAGCCAUUCAAAUGUAACAGUUGCUAUAAAUGCUUCACCGACGAGCAGAGCCUCUUGGAUCACAUUCCGAAGCACAAAGAGUCAAAGCAUCUGAAGAUUCACAUUUGCCCGUUUUGCGGAAAAUCGUACACUCAACAGACUUAUCUGCAAAAGCACAUGACAAAGCACGCGGAUCGAUCGAAGGCCAGCAAUUUUGGAAACGAUGUUGUUCCCGCAGAUCCAUUUGAUCCUUCACUUCUCUCAUGGAAUCCAAUGCAAGGAAUGGGAGAUAAUGCACAUGACUCGUCAAGUUUCAACAUUAGUUCUCUUACAGACCAGUUUGCCGCCAAUACAAUGAUCGGCUCGCAGAGCACAAACUACAACCCAGCCUUCCAGAAUAGUGCGUUCAGUCAGCUCUUUAAUAUUCGGAAUAAUCGAUAUUUGUCCGAGUACCCGACGAGUACGAAGAAUGGAGAACGAGCUCCUGGGUUCAACAUGAUAACCCCACUGGAGAACAUCCAACGCUACAACGGGUCAUCUUCCUCGGCCACGGCUGUCGUAACGGCGACCGGCUCGGCCGUCGUCUCAUCGACACCCUCAUCCACGUCAUCCUCGUCAGCAGGUUCGUCCUCAAGUCAGGGAGGCGUGUUCAACCCACAAUCACUGAUAAAUAAUAUGAAAAAUCAUUCCUAUUAAUUUUAAUUUUUUUUUGAAUUUUUUCUAAUUCCUGAACUCACAUAUUCCGAUAAAAUAUUCAUUUUUGGGGCCAAGCCCAUUUCUCCAAUUGGAAUAAGAUCUUCGUCUUCGUUUCUUCACUGCAAUCAUUUUUUUUUUGGUCGUUCAUAUGUUCUCCUUCCUAGUACAAUUUGUGCAUUUUCAUUGUUUUCUAGAAUUCCUUCAUUUUGGCUUUAUUCUAGCACCAUUUUUCACAUUUUCUGUCCCCACACACACACAAAAUACAUUGCCAAUUAUAUAUUUUUAAUUACAAAUUCCCCCAAAAAUCCGUUGUUGUUUUCUUUUCUCCGGUGAUUGACACUUUUUAUUUCAUUUUUUGUAAAAUAUUACACAUUCGCCGGUUUUUCCAUCGAAACUGACUAACGUGUAAUACUAAUAAUCGUAUUCAAAAUGUUUUUUUUUCAAAUUCCUGCCACAUUCUUCUUCAUCUGUAUGCGUUUCAAACGCCCCAUCCAUCCACCCGGUUGCCCUUUCCAACAUUUUCAGCCCCGAAACUCGCCCUUCCAGCUCUAAAUUAGAUCCAUUUUGUUGAAGAAUUUUCACCGGAGAACCUUUUUUUAUUAAUACUAUUUUCCUUUUUUUCAACUCUUAUGCAAGCAUUUUCUCACUGAAAUUCGUUAUCUCCCCCGAUUGAUUGAAAAUAUAAACGAU